CAAAUUUGAUCGUCCUCGCACCAACCUCGCACACCGACCAGGUUGCAACACUGACGAGGUUCGACGUCAGCUCAAGUCAAACCCAACCGCCAUACAGUUCCGCUCCUCAUUUGCUUAUCAUGGCACCGCAACAAGUUACACUUGCGCAAAAGGACCGCAAAGCCUUCCAGGACUUGCUCUCGUGUUAUGAGCUCAAGCAAUUGACAAGAGGGAGGAAGGUAGCCGAUCAGAUAUUGAAAAAGUAUCCAGACCAUGGCGAAACAAUGUGUAUGAAGGGUCUUAUCCUGGUGCAUCUCGGACAGAGAGAUGAGGGUAUAAAGCUCAUAAGGGACGGUAUGCGCAAAGACCUCACUUCACAUAUAUGCUGGCACGUCUGGGCUCUCGUACAAAAGGGAGAGCACAAGUAUGAGGAAGCGCUGAAGUCCUAUAUGCAGGCGCUGCGCUUCGACAAAGACAACUUCAAUAUCGUUCGUGAGACUUCUGUCUUGCAAGCGCAGACACGCGCCUACGAGGCUCUCGUGGAAUCUCGCCUGCAUAUGUUGCGGCUACGCCCCAACGUUCGGGCUCAUUGGGUCGGUCUCGCCGUCGCAUAUAAGUUAAGCGGUAACUUGGUAGAGGCCAAGCACGUCUUGGAACACUUCCAGGGUUUCCUCCGGGAGGCCCCAGCAAAUGAUGCAGAAUAUUCAGAAUUUAUACUCUUCCACGUUCGUGUGCUAGAAGAUCUAGGUGAUCUACAGGCCGCACUUGCCUUGCUCGACAAAAAAUCCAAGGAUAGGUAUGUUGUGGAUCGCACAGCUAUUCACACAUUCAGAGCCCGCAUAUUAUCAAAGUUGAAGAAUUCUAAUACAGAAAGCCCGCAAGCCGCGGAGUGGGACACUCGGGCAGAAUCAGAAUGGCGCGCACUCUUGGAUCUCAAUCCUGAGUGUACCGAUUAUUACCACGCCGUGCUUGCAAACCAAGGGAUUGAUCUCGGUAGCCUCAAUGACGACUCCCGUACACAGGCCCUUGGAUUGCUUUCUGGAUUUUCGGCGCACUCUCCGAAAGCAUACGCUCCUCGGCGGUUGGCACUUACUGUGGCCGAAGGUGAUAAAUUUAAGGAACUAGUGAAGCCGUACAUAGAAGCGGGGCUCAGCAAAGGCAUACCUUCACUCUUUAGUGACCUCAAGAAACUCUAUGCAGAUCCUUUCAAACGUCAAGUCAUAGAGGAGAUUGUGGAAGAUAUCCGUGCAUCCUCGCCGUCCGAACCGGCCGAAUACCUAUGGACACUUUACUUCCUUGCGCAGCAUUAUUCUUUUUUGGACCGACACCGGAAGGCCCUCGACAUCUUGAAUCUUGCAGUGGAGCACACUCCAACACUGCCAGAAAUAUACGUGAUGAAGGCGAAAGUGCUGAAAAGGGCGGGCGAUCCGUAUGGCGCUGUACGGUCCAUGAACGAGGCACGUGCACUAGACGGCCAGGACCGGUUUAUCAACACGAAGUCCGGGAAGUAUCGUCUCCGGGCAGGUAUGGUGGACGAAGCGGAAGAAAUUUUCGGACUAUUCACAAGAAAAGGCGCAGCUACACCUGGCGCAGACUUAACCGAAAUGCAAGCCUUGCACUACCUGGUUGAAGUAGGGGACGCUUAUAAUCGCACUGGCAAACUUAACCUCGCUCUCAAAAAAUAUUACGCUGUCCAGAAGGUGUUUGAGUCUUUUCGUGAAGAUCAGUACGACUUCCACCAGUACUCCAUCCGAAAAACCAUUCUGCUUCCGUACCUCGACAUGUUAAAGUGGGAGGACGAAGUUCACUCCCACCCCGCAUAUGUCCAUGCUGUAGUGUCAGCUGCUCUGAUAUGGAUAGAGCUCUAUGAUGAUCCAUUACUCGGCAAAUCGUUGCAACCCUCCCAUGAAACGACCGAAUCGUCCAAGAAAGCGCUGUCAAAAGCAAAGAAGGCAGCGCGUAGAGGGAAUGACCCGUCGCAUGAAUCCCAGGACGCCGUCAACAAAAAGGUUUCGAACCAAUCCGAUGACAAAGGACUCGAUGCUCCGCCUCCGAAGGACGAUGACCCGGACGGAGUGAAGAUGAUUCUAGCUGAUGACCCGCUUGAAAGGGCCGCGAAGAAUGUGGGAAAACACAUCAUGGACGUGUGCCUAACGAACUUUGAUGUUGCAAUACGGCGAAAGAAAUAUAUGCAAGCUGCCCAGGCCCUUGUUCGUGCUCAUACUGCGGAUGCACAACACCCAGAGGUACACCUUCGGGUUGUACAGUUUGGCAAAACAGUCUCUUCGUUAUCCGAUUCGAUCGGUAGUGCCGUCAAAUCCGUUCUCCACGAAACUCUAAUUGCUUUAAAACCGGAAGAAAUAUCCUUGGAUGUGUUUACAUCUCAAUAUCUGCAGUCACAUUCGACCUCUUCCACCGUCAUCUUAGCAUGCGCCAAGGCUAGUGAGAUCCUCGGCAACUCGAUGAAAGACAUAGAAUCGUUGUUAUUCACCAGUCUACAAGACAAUAUCGAUCUUCCUGUCGAGGACGCUUUACGCAUUCUGUCAUAUCUCCAACGCAUCAAGUCCACUCGAGCGGAAGAGUUCCGGAUAGCAUGUGACAACAAGUUCGAAUUCAGCACGGUCUUCAAAAGCUCUGACCAGCAAGCCGCCCUACGACAGCAGUGCCUACUCGAAGAGAAAGAAGAUUGUGAGGACAUUGAGACGCUUUGAUCACUAGCUAUUUGGAUGUAGAUAUGUGCAUUGCUUGGUUCCGACGCUGUGCAACGGGUUUGUUGCCAACGCGCUGUGCUAGUUCGCAUGGAUACCACGAUAAUGAAUGUGAGGAUUGCUUUGAGGGUGCUGGGACGUCCGGAUCCAUAGUAUUUGUGGUAACAUGCCAUCAACAUUUCG